CGGGAGUCACAGUCGCGGCUCUCCACGCACCUCUUUCCUAGCAGGGCUUAGUGCCUGAUCUUCGCGUGAGGCUCCUCGCUGCCUCGUGUCAGGCCGUGGGAGCCCAUGGAGGGAAAGGAGGAUAAGCUGCAACAGCAUAAAAAAAUAGAAGAUGCUGGUAUAGAGUAUGUAACUGAAAAAAAAGAAGAAAUCAAAUAUGACGAAAAACCAAGGAAAAGUGUACAACGUUCAAAACCAUGUGUCGGGAGAGGACGUGUAUAUUAUGCAAAAUUCAUUCAUACAAAUGCAAGAACACUGAAUGAACCAGUUCCUUACAUAGAUCCCCAAAAAGGGCCAGAAAAACAGGGUGACUGGUGGUCGCACAGUAAAGGAAUGGAACACCCCUUCCAACCACCUUAUGACACUAAGAGCACCCAGAGGAAUGACUUUAAAAAACCAACAUGUCCAUUGGUUUUGCCAGUCAAACACAGCAAGUUGCAAAAGCCUUCUUGUGGAAUAGUUCCACUUGCCUCUCCUGAAGCAUCAGCAGAACUUCAAAAGAAUUUUAUAGAACACAUCUCUUAUUUACAUCAAUACGAUGCUAGGAAAAGUCCCAAUGAGCCCAUCCCGGGAAAGCGACAUGGAGCUUUUGUGCAGACGGAGAUAAAACCAGGGAGUAGGCCAAUAGUUCCUACGGGAACAGAGGUAUUACGGAACGCUGCAGGGUCAUGCGCAUCAGAACAGUCCAAAAAAACAGAGAAAGGAAACUCAGCGGAAAGCAAAAUGAUCUCACCAGGUCUCUGCCGACAAAAUUCCCCAGAGCUGUUAGAGACUGAAACUCACUUAUCAGAAACAGACGUCAGAGGGGCAGCCAAGGCAUGCCCCAGAAGUCCUGAGAGAAGAGAGAAGGCUGCAGACACCUUCCAAAUAACUGCAGUAAAUGCUCUUCUCCCCAGGCAUGAUCCUUUAAAUCCCCCAAUAAAAAGCCAGAAUAAAUCAGGAUAAAUUACCUUCUUCA